AUGAAGUUCACCGCCGUUCUCUCCCUCGCCACGGCCGCCACCGCCAUCCAGGUCAACUACUACACCGACGGAGGCUGCACUCAGUUCAACACGUCGCCGCCCAACGUGCCCACCGACGGCAGCUGCUACCAGUAUCAGUUUAGCGGCACUAACAGCGCCAACGUUGCCAACUGCGACCAUUCCGUCUGCGAGUGCAUCUUUUACACCGGCGCAAACUGCCAGGGUGCUCAGGACGUGGCUAUCAGCCCCGGUGACAACUGCGCGUCCAACUAUGGCCCUGGAUUCCAGAGUUUCCGCUGCGUCGUUACCGGCUAA